CUGUAUGGGGAACGGGGCCAGCACGUCUAGCCAGCUCGAAGUGCCACGACUUCACAGUAGACCACGGAUUCUCCAGCGGAGUGAGGGGAAGAGCAUUGGGGAAAAAAAAAAAAAAGCUAGUUAGCUAGAUAAACAGGUAGCCUUUACACACAGAAGUCAUUUCAGCUGACGGUUACAAGUCAAAGCAUUCGCCCUCUCUCCCUUCAUUUGAAGCAAGCAGACGCAGCUACACCAGCAGCGAGGUCAACUGGAAUUGAACGAUGGAUAUCUAUGACCCCCAGACCCUUGGGAUAAUGGUGUUUGGUGGAUUCAUGGUGAUCUCUGCCCUCGGGAUCGCUCUUGUCUCUACCUUCUCCAUGAAGGAGACCUCUUAUGAGGAAGCCCUGGCUAAACAACGCAGUCAGCUGGGUAAGAUACAGUCCACUCGCUCUGACAAAAAGAAGAAGGACAAAGUAUCUGAGAAGAAGGGCCGUGGCAAGAAGAAAGAGGAAAAGCCCAAUGGAAAAAUCCCAGAGCCUGAAAAAGUUGAAGAGGAAGUUGAAGAUGACUCAGUCAUUGAGCCUGCUGCCGCCCCAGUUGUAGCUGCUGCCCCUGAACCUGAACCUGAACCUGUCCCUGAUAUUGAAGUUGAGCCAACUGCAGCCCCAGCACCAGCAAACGCCGAGCUAAAGAUUGCUGCUGAACCAAGCCCUGCCCUGAGUGAGCCCUCACCUGCACCCUCACCAAAAGGGAAAAAGAAGAAGAAGGUGGCUAAGGUCGAGCCAGCCUCUUCCCAAACAGCUCCACUCGUGGUUGCCUCUGCAACCGUCAAGUCCUCCUCAGUACCUACCACAACCCAGGCCCCCAUGUCUGCCCCGACUAAAGCAACCGCUCCAUCCUCUGCCACCGCCAAGUCUGCCCCUGCCACCGCCAAGUCUGCCCCUGCCACCGCCAAGUCUGCCCCUGCCACCGCCAAGUCUGCCCCUGCCACCGCCAAGUCUGCCCCUGCAGCCCCAGCCAAGACUGCCCCAGUGCUGGAAGCUGUUACUAAAGAUGUCCCAGUGAUGGCAGUGCCCCCAGUUGGAUCUCAGCAGACCUCUGCUGUGGCAGAAAAAGUACAGGAGCCCAAGAAGAAGGCCUCUAAGAAAAAGACUGAGCCUGUGGCAGUGGUGGAUUCUGCUGACGCUCCUCUGUACCUGCCCUACAAGGCUCUGGUGUCCACCAUCGGUAGCAUGGUGUUCAGUGAGGUCGAGGCUCAUAGGCUCAUCGAGAUCCUGUCUGAGAAAGUGGGCAUCAUUCAGGACACCUGGCACAAGGCCUCUCAGAAAGGAGACCCAGUGGCCAUGCUGAAGAAACAACUGGAGGAGAAGGAGAAGCAGCUGAUGGCAGAACAAGAGGAUGCUUCUGCAAUAAAGAAUCGCCUGAGAGAACUCACCAAGGAUCUGUCUUCUGAGAAGUCGAAGGUGGCCAGUGUGGAGACGAGGCUGAGUUCCCAGCUGAGUAAGAGGGAGCAAGAAAUGAUUGCUCUGCAAGCACGCAUGCAGGCUAGUUACCAGGACCAUGUGGCGCAGACCCAGGAGCUCAAUGCUAAGAAUGUCAGCCUGCAGGACCAGUUGGAAAAAGGCCCCAAUGCCCAGCUGGCCCGUCUACAGCAGGAGAACUCCAUUCUUCGCGACGCCCUCAACCAAGCCACUAGUCAGGCUGAGAGCAAGCAAAACGCGGAGCUGGCCAAGCUGCGUCAGGAAUGCACGAAGUUAACCAAGGAGCUUGGAGAGAAGACGGAUGGUCUGCUUGCUGAUGAUCACGUCAGGAAAGGGCUAGAAGCCAAGCUCUCUGCUACAGAGAAGCAGCUCUCCCUGCUGCAGGCCAGCCAUGGGGACAGCGAGCAGGCGUUGCAGAGGAAGCUGGAGGAGGUGUGCGAGGAGCUCAGGGCUUCACAAAGCAGAAACAGUAGUCUGCAGGCCACUUUGGACAAUGCCCAGCAGGACAGCAGCGCACUCUCAGAGUAUCAAGUGCGUAUUGGGAGCUUGGAGGCUGAUGUCGGUGAGCGCUCUGCUCAGGUGGAUGCCCUCACUGCCCAGCUGGAGGAGACGCAGACAGAGAAAAGCCAACUUGUACAGCAGGUGGCCUCCAUCAACUCACUGCUAGAGGCCAAUCAGACCAAAAAGGAGGAGGAUAACGACCAGGUGAAUGCUGCAGAAGUGGAACAGCUAAACCUCAGCCUUCAGGAGAGAACCAACCAGUUGAACACUCUUCACGAGGAACUGAAGCAACUGCAACUGAAACAGGAAGCUGCUGUGAACACUAUUGUUGAGCUCGAGGAAAGAAAUAAGAGUGAGGAUGUCGCUCUUAUUGCAUCACUUCAGGAUGAACUUAAAAACCUCAAAGAAGAGAUGGUGCAACUUAACAACACACCACAGUCAGAUACCUCCGAAGAGCUGGGACUGCUACAGAGAAGCCUGACUGAGAAGGAUGCCCUUGUCACAUCAGUACAAGAGGAGCUGAGAGAAGUGAGAGAAAAGACGGCCAUUGAUGCGAGCGUUAUGGCAGAGCUGACAGCUUUUCAAAGUGAAACCAAAGAAACUCUCCAGACACUCUUCCCAGAGAUACCCGUAGAGACGGAGCAGUCCAACUGGUUACAAGUAUUUACACAGAAGGCUCAGGAGACUCUCAGCCAGCAGAGCCAGGAGUCUCAGUCAAGCACAGCGUUGCCUGAGUUGCUCGGGAAAUUGAAGGAGGCUGAGGAGGGCCAUGGCUCACUGCAGGCUGAAUGUGAACAGUACAGGAUAGUCCUGGCUGAAACCGAAGGAAUGCUAAAACAUCUGCAGAAGAGUGUGGAGGAAGAAGAGCUGGUAUGGAAGUCCAAGAUGGCUAACUCAGCGGAACAGCUGAGUGUGGCUUUGGAGAAGGCCAGCAAGCUGGAGGCAGAAAACCAAAGUGUAGAACAGUUGAAGGAGCAGAUGAUGCUUCUGGAAGCCCAGCUGGAGAAGCAGUCAGACAACCAGGAGACCUCAGAGGAGAUGGAGCAGCUGAAGCUGCAGCUUUUGGAGCGUCAGAGCCAGCUGGAUUUGGCCCAGAAGGAGACCCAGGCACACAAGGAGGAGCUUUCACAGGUCAGAGAGCAGCUGGGCGAGAUCACGAUGCAGGCUCAGCGAGAACAGAAUGGCCCAGCUGAGGCUCAACCCAGUCAGUUCCAGAACGAGUUGAGUCAGACAACUGAGAAGCUGCACGGGGAGGUGGCUCAGAGACUGCAGCUUUCAGAAGAGUUUGAGCAGGCCCAGAAGAUUAUAACAGAACUUCAGGCUCAGUUGGAUCUUCUAAACGUUUCUGCGGGGUCACCACAAGCGGACACAGAAGAUGUUCCACAGCUCAAGGAGCGCCUGGAGAAGGAGAAGAAGCUGUCCAAAGAUCUGGGCCAGGCGGCCACCAAGCUCCAGCAGCUACUCAAAGCCACUCAGGAGCAGCUGACCAAAGAGAGAGAGACCGUGAGAACACUACAGGAGCACCUGGAAGGAAAGGGAGAAUACGUGGAGCUGAAGGAAGGAACAUCCGUCUGAGAGGAAGUUCACUGCAGACACUACAAAGAAACUGCCAAAUAUGCCUUAUGAUUACCAUAGUUAUGCAUUCCAAAACUAUUUCUUUCUUGUACUGUAGUUGAUUGCAUUUGUUGCAACUGUAGGAAACAAAUGUUUGAUAUGAGCAUUUUUAAGGCAAGAUUCGGAGGUAAUUCUGCUACAAUCUUUAUCGAAACCCACAUUCCAUCAACAAUUCUGGCUAUGUCAGAGGUUAUUUAUCCCCCUGCCUUAUAUUCCAGACAUUUACCCUUAGUUCAGUGUUAAAAAGGGAAACAGAUUGUACGUGAAACGUACAUCAACCUGUGCAAUUACUUUGUAUGUCUUUUUCUAUGUGGUUGAAUGAUGGGAACAUUUUAUGGUUCAAUGUUUCAUUACCUUUGGGGCCUUCUUUUCUCUGUAGCUGGCUGCCAAUUACACACAUUGAAUUUGUAUGAAUGAAUAAACUACAGCGUAGCGCUACAUCAUUGCUGUUCAGUGUCCCAGUUGCUGUUAUGGUGCAAUGAGUACAGACAGGAAGCAAAGUUGGCUAUUGAGUGUUAUACUUUGACAUGGUUUCAGAGCCGGUGAUGUAUGUGCACCGACAUCUGCUUUAUGACACUUAAAGCUAAACAGUCGUCUCAGGAUGAUUGCAUGUUAAAACUUAAACCAUCCUGCCAGGGUUAAAAGCUGCAAGUUUGCUGUUUAGAGAACAGUCUGUUUUCUUGGCGGUAUAGGCUACCAUUUUACAGCAGAAUUAGGGGUUAUAAAUGAUGUAGUUACUGUGAUAUAAACUACAGUUCUGUUAUCCUUUUAAAAACUAGUGCUUUUUGAAGCCUCUUAAAAAUGUGGCAUUGCUUAAAGCUUUACACCAAGGUUCAGGUUGCAUCAAUGGUUAACUGACUUAAGUAGAAUGCUUUGUGAGGCUAUAGUUGGUGUCCAGACAAUUGUGAUAAUGGCUUCUGCAUUUUUGUGAUGACAGACCAACCUGCAGUACAUUAUAUUUACCAAUUUGUACCAAAAAUGCCAGUAAGAAUGUUUGACAUUCAUGCGAUAGGACUAGAUUCAGUUGGUCCAGGUGGGAAAACUAAAGUACAGAUAAACUUACUAGUAAAAUAGAAAACACUGAAACAAAACUCACUACAGUGUGAAUGUGGUGGCCAUGGAUUAACAGUUUACUUUUGAAGGAAAUUGUUACAAGCGCCCCAAAACAUGAGUUGCAAAGUAGGCAGACUAUCAUUUCUUUUUCAGAUUUAGAUUGAAAGACAUCUCUUUUAUUAAACAUUUAUCUCAGCAAUUUCAUGAGGGGGUUAUGGACUGGGCCAGUAACUUCAUGGAGUCUCCACUGGUUUGCCUGCCUUUCUUCAGUCUUUACAAUAAACUGCGGGCUCCAGGUACAUAUUUAGCAAACAUGAGUGGGAUCCACCUUCUCAGACUCUCGCCAAGACUGAAUAGGCCAGCCAGUCCUUUCCCAAAAAGUCAAACUAUUCAUCUGGCGGCCAGGAAAGCGUAAUCGGUUGAAUCUGUGACAGCAGUGCAACGCUGCGGCCUUGAGCUCACCAGUCGGACACAUGCAUUAAAAACAUGCUCAGCUGUGUCAACAAAGCAAGGAGAAACUGAUAACGCAGCGCAACUUCACUCUCUGCUCAGACAGACAUAACCCCACUAAAUCUUCAAAUAGUUGUUUGCUGCAUACUUGUGUUGUGUGAAAUACUGCACAAGUAAAAAAAAAAAAAAAA